GUGAGACUAGCAGAUGAUCGAUCGGAGCUGCAGUGAAAGGACGGCGGUGUGGGAGUUGGAGCUGAAGAUCGGAGCAGGAACCAUGUCUUCAGAACCUCAGGAAGGUUCUGUCAGCGAACAACUUUCAGCUGCUGAAGGAACCAUCGUCCAGAACGAGGAGGAGCUCUGUCGUCAGCGCAGACUGCUGGAUAUCAGCUGGAACCCGCAGCUCCAGCUACACAUUGCAGUCCUUCCCCAGCAUUAUGUGACUGAAGAGGAUUUCUUCAACCAGCAGAGGAAUUUCGGAGUGGAACAGGAAGAACCAGAACCAGCACAAAUUAAAGAGGAACUGGAAGAAACAAAACCACCACAGAUUAAAGAGGAACAAGAGGAACCAGAACCACUACAGAUUAAAGAGGAACAGGAAGAACAAGAACCACUACAGAUUAAAAACGAACAGGAGGAACCACAACCACUACAAAAUGAAGAGAAAUGGGAGGGACCAGAACCCUCACAGAUUAAAGAGGCCAAAGAGGAGCUCUGCAUCAGUCAGGAUGAAGAGCAGCUUGAUUUGAAGCAGGAGACUGAUACCUUGAUGGCAAUUUCUACUUAUGAGGAAGAUGAGAACAGUGAAGCAGAUCUAAACAAUCAGCAGAGCUUUAAUGUAACUGAUAGUCAGGAUGAAAAUCCCACUUCAACUACAGAUGAAGAGAUUGACCCAGAGAACACACAACAAUGGACCCCAAGAGACUGUAAAGAAUGCGGUAAAAGUUUUAGUUACUGGUCUCAGUUCAAAUUUCACAUGAGGAUCCAUAAAAAAGUUAAGCCUUUUGCUUGUAAAGAAUGUACUAAAAGUUUUAGUAAGUUAAGUUAUCUCAAAUCACACAUGAGAACACAUACAGAGGAAAAGCCGUUUUCUUGUAAAGAAUGUGAAAAAAGUUUUAGUAAUAUAUGUAAUCUCAAAACGCACAUGAGAACUCAUACAGGAGAAAAACCAUUUUCUUGUAAAGAAUGUGAUAAAAGUUUUAAUCUCAUAUCUAGUCUCAAAAAACACAUGAGAACUCACACAGGAGAAAAGCCUUUUUCCUGUAAAGAUUGUGAUAAAAGCUUUAGUCAAAUAUCUCAUCUCUAUUCACACAUGAGAACUCACACAGGAGAGAAGCCUUUUUCUUGUAAAGAAUGUGAUAAACGUUUUCGUCAAAUAAAUAAUCUCAAAAGACACAUGAGAAUUCAUACAGGAGAGAAACCAUUUUUUUGCCAAGAAUGUAAUAAAAGUUUUAGACAGACAUUUGAUUUAAAGAUACAUAUGAGAACUCAUACAGGAGAAAAGCCUUUUUCCUGUAAGGAAUGUGAUUCAAGUUUUAAUCAAGUGUCUAGUCUCAAAACACACAUGAGAACCCAUACAGGAGAGAGGCCUUUUUCUUGUAAAGAGUGUAACAAAGGUUUUAGUCAAAUAUCUCAUCUCAAAGCACACAUGAGUACUCACUCAGGAGUGAAGCCCUUUUCUUGUAAAAGAUGUGACAAAGGUUUUAGUCGAAUAUAUCACCUCAAAAGACACAUGAGAACUCACACAGAAGAGACGCCUUUUUCUUGUACAGGAUGUGAAAAAAACUAUACUAAACUACGAAGUCUCAAAACACACAUGAGAAGUCAUGCAGGAGAGAAGCCUUUUUGUUGUAAUGAUUGUGACAAAAGCUUUAGUCACAAACGUAAUCUCAGAACCCACUUGAGAAGUCAUACAGGACAGAAGCCCUUUUCUUGUAAUGAAUGCGAUAAACCCUUUUGUUAUACAUCAGUCUUAAAAACACACAUGAGGAGUCAUACAGGAGAAAGGCCUUUUUCAUGUAAAGAAUGUGGAACAAGUUUUAGUUGUAUAUCUAAUCUCAAAAGACACAUGAGAACUCAUACCAGAGAGAAUCCUUUUUCUUGUAAAGAAUGUGUGUGACGAAGGUUUAAGUGAUAUAUCUAAUUUGAAAAAACACGUUAACUCACACAAGUGAGAAUCCUAUUCCUUGUAAAUAAUGUCAUAAAAGUUUUAGUCAAAUGCACAACCUCAAAACACACAACCCAUACAGGAAAUGAGGAACCAGAACCGCUUAAAAUUGAAAAUGAACAGGGGGAACCACAAACACCACAAAAUGAAGAGAAAUAGGGGGAACCAGAACCCUCACAGAUUAAAGAGGCCAAAGAGGAACUCUGCAUCAGUAAGGAUGAAGAGCAGCUUGAUCUGAAGCAGGAGACUGAUACCUUGUUGGAGAUUCCUACUUAUGAAGAAAAUAAGAACAAUGAAGCAGAUCUAAACAUUUAAACUUUUUUUCUUGUAAAUAAUUUCACAAAAGUUUUAGUCAAAUGCACAGUCUUAAAACACAUGAGAACUCAUCCCGGAAAUGAGCCUUUUUUUCGUGGUAAAGACUUCAGUUUAAAUUACUAAUUUAAGAAAGACAGGAAAACUUUGCAGAGAACUCCUGCAGUAAAAAGACGUUAGCGGUUUCCCUAAGAAGAGAGAAAUAUUGUGAAAAAGUUGCAAUUUUCUUUUAUCAAGACAUAAACUGGAAUUUAAUAUAGGACUUGCACCUUUAGAUUGAAAAAAAUGUUUUAUGUUGAUGAUUUUAUCUUAUCUGGGAAAAAAUAAUCCACAGUUCCGUGUCUCAGAAAAUUUGAAUAUUUUGAAAACAAGUUUUAAUGUUCAACUACUGGGGUUCCCCCUUAAUCCGCUAAUAUACUCAAAAAAAUUGCAAAGAUUAUUUUGAGCCUUUAAAUGGUCUUGCAGUCUAAGUCAGUAGAAUACUGUAGAUUCUAUGACAAGAUUUGUGGAGAUUCAAAUUGAAUUUCCACCAGGACGUGGUAAUUUCCCACACUUAUAAAGGUACUUAAAGCUACUUCAGUGACCAUGACGUUUCUGUAUUUGAUCAAACAGCAAAAUCCUCUGAUGUGAACCUAAAAAAAAAACGUAUGAACUGUUAAGAGGAAGAUCACACACCAGACCCAAAGAGGAAGAUGACCUGAAGCAGCGGUAGAAACACCCUGAGCUUCAUUGCAAGUACAGAGCAGCUGGCUGAUGGCCUCCAUACUAGACUUCAGAAAAUGUUCACCACUCAUAGCUAUGACGUUGGCCUUUUUUCAGAGCAUUGUACACAUAGCUCACAUUGAGGUUCUGCAGACCAUUAGCCCACAUCACCGACAGAAUUUUGUCUAAGCUCCGUUCAUGAGCCGCCGCUCAGCUCACUGCUUCACUCGUCCUUAUCUGAGCCCGUUAUAAACCACCACAAUCCGCAUUUUUAUAUGAAACUAACAGCCACAUUGCAGAAGGGUGUUUGGGUUUGUUACCCACCCCAAGUAAACUACGGAGUGCAUGUCUCAUUACAACAAAAAUUGCGUUGCUGACAGAACAUUUAGCAUUUAACAGAAGCUGGUUCAUGUGAAAUAUACAAAUAUACAUCUGGUAUGUCAAAAGGUUCAUAACCCCUCAUGUAACAGUAAAAUAUGUCCAAAACAAGAGGCUUUCCGCUCUCAUCUGUUUGCUCAGCUCUUGGACAGGACAAUUAAAAAAAUAAGGAAGCUGGUUCAUGCAAGAACUUGUUUUUUUGGUGCAGUGUAGAGCUGCUCAGAGCCCCACUGUGCUUUGAUGCCCACUAGUGGUCAGGGGUUUAAGUGAAAAAACAAGAGUAAGAAGCAAAGGACGGUCAUAAAUGAUGAAAUAAAUAUCGUCUUGACAGAAUUUUAAAUCAAUGUCGGAUAGUAUCGGCAGAUGAAAUAUUGCCAUAUAUCGUCCAAUCAAUUUCCCCCUCCAUCCUUACUAAACAAUAUGUUUUUUAUUUUUAUCAUAUAUAAGCUAAAACCAUAAAAAAAUUAUAAUUCAUACAUUUUGAUCUAUGUGUAAUGAUUCUAUGCAAUAUAAAUUUCACUGUUUAAUUUAACUGUCAAAAUAUAUAACAUAGUGUUUCAGGAAAUUCAUUCUUUUGGAUGUACCUGUAAAUAGGGACAUUUUAUUUGAAUCAUAAUGCUAAAAACACACUGGCCUUAGCAACUGGCUUGUGUGUACUUAGACCCUGAAAACAGACUUAAAAACUUGCGUAGCGACACAGGAAUGCAAGAGUUUUAUAAACCGAAACCAAAAAUCCGGGAUUACAGCAAUUUACAUAGACUGUUCAGUGAAAGUGAAAUUUUAAGUGCUAUAAUUAUUUGGUUUAAAGUUGCUUAGUUGACCAUACUGGUUGUAGAUCAUGUUGACAAUGUGUAAAUUUAUUUACGUUUGUGCGUUACCAUGACAACAAAUAUUUUGUAUGUAUCUCUAACACUUUUUAUGUGAUCAGUGAAUAUUUCAUUUUAUUGUUUUAAUCAAAAACUGACAGCAGUUCACACUCUCUUGGGUUAUGUGAGCAACUAACCAAUUUGUGAAGAAAAUAAACUUGUAAAAAUGUAAUGAUAUAAAGUGAGAUUGGUAUUUCUGUUUUGUGUUUCUUUUCUAGAGAUUUAUCAUCUAUAGUAGAGAUUAGAACUAUUUAUUCUUUUUAGUCCUCAGUGUUCUGCCCCAACUUUUACUGUGAAGAAUAAAGUGGACGUGAACA